AGAGUACACAUGGCACCAGAUGUUGGCGGUGCCAGCCACCGCAGCCGAUAACGGCGGCCGGCUAGACGCGCGCCACGCAAAACCCGCCGCGCAGUGACGCAGCCAAAACAAAACGAGUUUGGUGGUAGAAUGUGGCAGCACCCCUCAACCUGGACUGAUUGCAGCCAAGGAUAAACAUACGUUCGUUUUGAAGUAUUAGUACCAAGGUGCUAUGGAUCAGUGCAUGAAUAGGUACUUAAGUGACGCGAUGGUAUCGAACUUCAAAAUUUAUGAAAACCUGGACCAGAAAAUAAAGGUAGAACAAUAGCACAUGAAUGAAAGACCUCAACAGCACAAUAUAGACGAUGUUUUGUGAUAGCAGCGGUCCGCAUCUCGAGGAAGCCCUCCUCAAUGACCAACUUCUGUUCGAGUACUCGCCGGCCGAAAGUCUAAUAAACUUCGAACUCCCGUCCUUCGACUCGGACACCAGCGACUGGCAGCUCAGUGAUUUGGAUUUCAAUUGUGACGGUUUCGUAAUCGGCGCCGACGAUCCAAACAAGGAAGAGAACAAUCUUGUCGACGACUUGCCAGUUUUUGAUUUUGAAGAUUUAGACAAGAGCAUUAUCGACGAAUAUUUAUUGGAAGCGUUAAGCAGCGAUCUUUCUAACGACGCUCAGCUUUCAAAUACGGAAUCAAUACCGAAUAUUAGUUCAGUUUAUGCACUAGAAACUCAUGAUUAUACCUCAAUAGAAAGCGAAUGGCCGAGACCGCGAGAAAAAGCAACUCCAGAAGUCAAAGUUCGGUUCGGCGAACCCAAAUAUUGUCCGGAAGUCGGCGCUUUUCGAUGUCCCGUUGAAGAAUGCAGCAAACUUUAUGCAAAAGCGUCACAUGUUCGAGCCCAUUUACGGAGACACAGCGGUGAAAAGCCUUACCGCUGCACGUGGGGUGACUGUUCGUGGCGGUUCGCGCGCUCAGAUGAACUAGCUCGACAUCGUCGCAGUCACUCAGGGGACAAACCUUACAGAUGUGUUGAAUGCGAAAAGAGAUUUGCUAGAUCUGACCACCUCGCCAAGCAUGGUCGUGUGCACGCACGUCGCGCCGCCGCUGCAGCCGCCGCUGCUGCAAGAUGCGCUGGGACCACACCACACACUCACCGUAGGAGUUCAAGGAGUAUUCUACUUUUGUGAGCUAUGUGAUAUAUACAAUGACAUUGUGAAUUAUGAGUACUGUAUAAGUACAAUUCAAAAACUGUGCCAGUGAUGUGUUUUUUUUUGCUCUUUUGAUUAUGGUCGUAACUGGAUGUGGAUUUGCUAGGUGAUAAAAAAUAAUCAUGUGUCAUAUUAGAAAAUUUGUGAACUAUUGCUUUGAUAGUUUUUAUGUCUUAUUUAGUUGUAAGACCGACUAAUUCCAAGUUGGUUUUGAAAUUUGUCGCCGAUAAAAAAAAAUUUUUAGUAAUUGACAAUAACAAACCUCAAAAUAUGAGAUAAUUUGUCCUUAAUUUCCAUUUCACUUCUUCGCAAAACCUAAAUUGAAAAGUCAAAAUCAAUCUUGCUAUUAAUCAUAGAUAAUAAAUACAUUUAAUAUUUA